AUGACACUUCAUCUCGACUUCAGCUCUGGCUUCGCCCUUCCUUCGAUGGCGAACGGCUCCACCACGUCGCUUAUGGACGCGGUCGUGGGUGGCAGCCACAGCUCCGGUAACACGACCACCCGCCAGCACCAACCAUUCUCGGACGCCAGCAGGCGCGUCAAUGAGGAACAGCCCCAGUCUGCCGAAGACGUGCAGGAGCUCGAGCGUAAGCUCGAGAAGAGACGAUCGUUGAUUCCUCACCUCGAGAACGAGCUCGCUGCCCUCGAGGCUCAGAUCAAGGCUGCCGAGGAGCGCCUUUCUCGCGCCACCCAGGCCAAGUCUGAGGCUGCCGAGCAGCAGAAGCAGUAA